AUGCCUUGUUCGCUAAUUUCUGGAGGAUUUAAAAAAGAUAACUUGUUUCUUGUCAAAGCGGCAGCGCAUUGUUACGUUGGGAAUAAUUGGCCCUUAUUUGUAAUCGUUAAUGGAGAGAAAAGACUGUACAACAAAAAUAUAGACGGGGACAUCUGCGAAUUUUCCUACUGCAAUAGGUGCAAUUACUUCUUUUCGCCACGCCGUGUCAAACAUAAUUGUGAGGUUUAUCUGCGAAAUGGAGGAAAAACCUCCUGGGGCCGAAUUAACACUGAAGUGACAAAUAAUAACUUUGAAGACGAAGGUCCGUCCUCAUUUAGAACUACUUCGCCAUAUAAAGUAAUAGUGGAAAAGAUUUUUGUCACAGAGGAGAGGAACUUCGACGUUUUUAUAGAAACACACUGCAAAAAGGAAUGCUAUACGGACAAGAAAAAAUUAAGGAAUGAAGAUAGACCUCGUAGCCUUUUACUCUGCGACCCUUCUGUAAUAGAACUCAACCAACAUGAUGAAAAACAUUAUUUUACUAUAAAAAAGGUGUAUCAUGAACACGACGGGAAUUUGUAUCUGUAUAGCAAAGAUAUUAUUCACGAAGACAAAGAAAACCAAGCAACUGAAGAGCCUCUAAGAGAUGAAGUAGACGCUCCUGUCUCCUGA